AUGACCGAAUAUCCGCUGAAGGCAUACCAUGACUCAUUGCGCCGGCGUUGCGCUGAGAUUUGCAUUUACUUCUCCACAUUUCCGCAGGUGCAAUUCCUUGUGAAAGGACUCGACUCGGAGCUCAUUCUAGGUCGAGCACUUCUUGGCACUGUUAGAUUGCAAACUGGCCGAAUGCCGCCGUACUGCGACUUCCUCUGGCAUGUGCAGAACGCCAUAAAUUACGGCGACAGGGAGCUCUGGUCUUCUUUGCCACUUCGGGCGCUGAGGUUGCUCACUGGCAACACCGCGAAUGAGCCUGAGCCGCGCGACGUAUCUGGACUCCCGAUGUGGUGGCUAAAACACCCGCGCCAUAUCACGUCGUCGUACAGGGCGCAGCCCUUCAGCGUCUCCGCCUGGGUAAACUCGGAGUGCGUCAGCUUCAUGAGUGAGUGCCUCGAGGCAGAGGAUGCCGAUGUCAAGGGAUUCGUGAGCGAUCUCAAGGCGCUUGUGGAUGGUGUUGGCCGGCUUCAAGCGUCUGCCAUGGAACGCGCGCGCGCCAUCGACGUUCAGCAUACCAACACCGAGGAGGCGUUUCAGCUCGUGUACAACGCUCGUCAGGACGCUGCGACGUUCGCUCAGAGGCAAUUCGAGAAAGCACAUGGGUUGCCGGCUGCACCUGCUCCGUUACCAGUCCAGGUUCCACAGCGUCGUUGA